AUGGUCCAAACACGCCGAGAGAGACGGGCAAUUGAAGCCGCUGAGUCCGGUGAAGAGCUCGCUCAGCCAGCUCCGAAGAAAGCGGCGCCGAAGCGAAAGACCAAAGGCAAGAAGGCACCAGCGGAUGUUAGUGAGUCUGAGACGACCAGUACGAGAAAGACACCGUCUCCGACAAGCACCACCGCAAGCACCCCAGACCACCUAAGGCUGUCGACACCUACCCAUUCAGACACAAGAGUCUCAUUUCCACCUGCUCCAGAUUAUGGAAUCGCGAGGAGGGCUGCACAGCAGGAGGCUGCCAGUGUCACUCAGAAGAUGGUUCCCGUCGGCUUCGUAAAUGACACCGGCAAUGUUUGCUUUCGGAAUUCUGCUAUCGUGAUGCUCCUUGCCAGUCCCCGUUUUAUGUCCUGGAUUCAAGACCGGUACAAGGUGUGCAUAGAUAAGGCCAUAGCCGAAUCAGGGCCAAAGGACUAUGCAGAUGCCUUUGUCAUUCUGUACGAAUUAUGGCAAAGUUGGUCCCGGGCAGGGAAGGAGGCCAAUGCUGCCAGCCCACAGCUGAUCAAACAAAGAAUGCAAGAUUUCUGGACUCAUUUGCAGGAUCAUCAGGACGUAGGCUGCUACAGUUGGACCGCAGACCCUGAAGAUGAUUUGGCUGACAAAAUUGGCGAUAACCAAGAAGAUCCUCAGGAGCUUCUGCUUUUCAUCUUUGAUGUAGCUCGGCAUGUUCGCGAGCAGUAUUACGGCCGCGCCAUUCCGUCUCAACAAGAGAUGGUCCAGAUCCAGUUUGCUGAACGUUUCGGCUGCUCUUGGUGUCGGUCGCAGCCGGGGAAAAACAUUCGAAUCCGAGAUCCCAGACUUGUAGAAGAUCAAGGUUGGGGAUUUGCUAUGUCGGAGAGCGAGGAAACGGUACUGUUGGAAGACCUGAUUGCAAGUGACGUUAAGAGUGUUGUCCCCGGCCGUAAGUGUCCAGAAUGUGGUCAGAAGGCGGACAAGCAGGAAGCCGAGAGGGACGCAUAUAACAAGCAGAACGAGAUCAAACGCCCGCCACCCCCGACCCGAGAGGAUUACUCAUGGAAGAGAAUCUGGUCACUGCCGGAGGUCCUCAUUGUGCAAUUGCGAAGGACCGGAUUUAAUGAGGACGGACUGUGCAAGAUCAACACACGAAUUGACAUUCCUGAGGAGCUCGACUUGACGCCACAUGUGGACGAAACCUUGGCUGGAAAGAAAUCGGCUCAAUACCGACUCAGGGCGUUCGUGUGUCACCGGGGAGCACCAGGUGCUGGGCACUAUAUCGCCUGGGCUUGGAUCAACAACGUAUGGUACCGUUUCAAUGAUGAAAAAGUCACAAAGUCAACUUUGGUCCAAGCUCGGAAAGAACAGAAUUUCAAGGAUCCUUUCACGCCGUAUCUGCUGCUUUUUGAAAGAGUUGCGGAUGCAGACGAGGAAGAGCCCAGAGCACCCUCGCCCGAGAAGCAGUCAUCAUCAAAGAUCGAGACAGCACAGCAAACACAAGCGACGAUCGGGGAAAGGGAGGUCACACCACUGGAAGAAUUGUCGCUACAACCAUUUCCGUUGAGUACUUAUACAAACUUACCCGAACCACCUGCCUCCAAUCCAUCCAGAGAUAAGGACGGCGACAAGGAAGGCGAUAACGAUGAGGACGACGAGCGCGACGAGGACCCUGAACCUGAGAAAGGAGAAGGCCCGCCGCCUGGGAAAGCCUUCAUCUCUGUUGUCGUUGAGUUUAAUGGCGAAACAAUCAACUUCCCAAAGUAUUUGGCGGACGACAUCCCAGGCACAUCCGAGAAUCAGACCUUGUCGGUCACAGUCACGGUGGAAAAUAACGAUCUGCAAAAAGCGACUGUGUCUGGCUCUGGUAGCUUCCCUCGUCAGUGGGGAGAUCUCCAGUCUAAACCAGGUGGGAAAGAUGCGGCCGCGAGCAAGGCUUCCCCUAAGAACGCUAUGAGUUUAAAACGCGGGGCGGCAGAAGAACCGCCUCAUGAGCCUCAGGGCAAGCGGGCGCGAUCAGCCUAG